GUUGACAUUGCGCAUGCGCUCGGAAGCUUGGUGGGUCUUUCUGUUUAUUUUUGAAUUUUUUGUUUCUAGAAGAAGCCGCGCACAUUAGAGGUUUCUGGCUUCACGGAUUUCAAGGUCAAGCCUUUUCUAUGCCUGAUGAUGCUGCCCAUGAAGACAAUGACUCCGUUAAAGCUCUCGAAGCAAAACUCCGUUUUGGCUUCAAAGAUCAAAAAUAAAAUCCUUAAUACAUCCUCCUUCUUCAAGGUUUCCCUGAAGACCAACAACAAGGCCCUGGCUCUUGCGCUACAGGCGCAGAAGGAGAGGAGCAGGCAGCUUGAGAUGCAGGUGAUGGACCUACAGAAACAGGUCGACACUCUCUGCUUCAAACUGGCUACCAAUAAAUAUAAGCAUAGAAAACUGCUCCUCAUCUUGAAAGAUUUCCACAGUAACACCCUGCAGCACCUGGACAUGGUGGAAGAACUCGUCUCUGACCAAGAUUCUCCAAGAGUGUCAGAUGGCAGCGACACCUCAACCCAUGAAACCCAGGAGAAGGAUGCAGCAAGUUGGCGUAAUGCUCAGUUAGUUCUGCAGCCUGAAAUAUCAAGGAUUUCCCUCCGCCCAAACAAAAACUCAGAGGCAAGAGCACGUGUUCUAGAAAAGAACGGGAGUGAGGAUGUUUCUGGUGUUCUGAGCAAAACCCCUGAUCUACUUUAUGGAAACAAGGACGCUGAGAAUUUUGCGAGUUUAAGCUGCCGUGUAGAAGCUCCUCCUCCUGCAGCGUGUCGUCCAUCCAGCAGCAGCAGUCUGAGGAGUGAAGUGGAGCGGCUGUCCAGGGCGUUUUCUCAGCCCAGCUUGGAGAAUAACGCUGUCCUCUGUCCUCAAAACAAUCCAACCUGGAUAAACUCGCCCUCCGUUUCUGGUGACAUCAAUGUUCCAAGCGGCUCUGCCUUGGAAGAUGAGCCUCAGUUUAAACAACCUGACAAUACUGUGCUGCUCAGCACAUCAAUGGAGAUCACUCUGACCAAAGCUGCUGAAAUCAUCACCGUGGAAAGCAAAGCAAAUGCAAGGAGUCCGCAGGAACGUGGUUCUGCUACAGACGUUCAGAAGGGUUUAAAUCAAACGUCACCUGCAAAAAUUUCUACACAAGUAAGUGAACAACCAGCAGGAGAUAAAGACCCAGACAUUCCUACACACCAGUUAACUAAGAAACUCCUCAGGAAUGGCAAAACAUCUCGUAUUCCUAAACUUGGCAAUCAGCAGAAGGCAUCCACUGACUCCUGUGACCCUGCAAAAAAGCAAGUCGAUGAUUAUUUUUCUGACCAUAAAGUAAUUUCUUCAAAAGAUGGCGGUGAUGAGUCAAGAGAAGGUUCCGCAGGUUUUAACGUCACCUACAGAAGGUCCAAAUCUAAAGUUAAGAGGAGGUCUGCCGCCGUUAAAAAUAGCCCAUCAGCCUCAGUACUUCUGUCCUCACAUGAUGAUAAUCAGAGCCGGCAGUCCAGACUGGAGACGGUCCAGAACGAAGAGGAAGCAGAAAGAGGAGAGCCGCUGCAUGGAUGCGGGUUCUAUCUGGAGGAGGUUGGAUGUUCAGAGUUGGUGGAAAAUCAGCCUCCUGACAACGGAAGAGAAAAGCAGAACAAACGCAGAUGCAGAGGGACGUUUGUCAUCUCUGUCUGCAGAGACUCCAGUAGCCUCCCAGAUGUGGACCAUGACCCGAUCCUCCCUGCAGGGCUCCGCUGUGACGCCCAGGGGGCGCCGGACGCGGCGGCUCCGAGUGCAGAGCCAGAAACCAGCAGAUCUUCAAAGCGUCCUUUGGGGGAAAUUUCAGAGAAUAACCCCAAAGCCCUGCAGGCAGAUCAGCACGGCUGUUCAAGUUCAGAAUACCGCAAACCAAAAAAACCCAGAAGAGAAGAAGAGGAGGGAUCCAGAAAAAAGAAGUCUGCCGAAGUUUCAGACGACAAGAAAAAAACAAAGAAAAGCAGCAGAGAGGUUUCAUCGGAUGUGGAACCUGUUCCGGAUCCUGCCUGCAGAGCGGAUCCCUCUUUCUACAGACUCUAUAGCUCUGACAUGUGGAGAGGAGAGGAAGAUUUUCAAAUGCUGCCCAGCCAGGAGAAGGACAUUAGCGAAGAUCUGCAUGAUCCAAAACUCUCCAAAUCCACGACGGAUUGCAAACCGCAGAGGAAGACAAAGCCACACGCUGCCACUAAAGCUAGGAAUCCAAGAGAGAAACCCGCCCGCUGUAGACGGACGACGACGGGCAACAGUAAGGGUAGUUCUCUGAGUGGCAAGAGGACGUCCAUCGUUACAGAGGAGAGGGCUCGUCAGAAUGUGGAAGAUUUAUUAAUGGACAUCCCUCCACCAUGGCUGUUUGAAGACAUCAGCAUUGUGUCAGCAGAGUCCGACUCUCUACCCAGCUCCCCGGCCAGAAGCUUAUCAUCCAGGUCCGUGGUGAGCGAGGAGUUGACUGAAGCCUCAUCAGGUGGGUUUCCCCUCUACUGCAUGUGGGUUACAGCAUCUUUAUCACAGUCUGUAGACCUGAACACACCGCUUAUCUACAGCUUUUUAAUCUCCAUGUCACUCUGACCGGGUAUAGAGGGGCUCUGAUUAGGCAGGGUAAGCAGAUCUGCAGAGAUUAUCACUUAUUUGUUUGUACUCAGGGUUCCCCCGGGUCCUUAAAAAGUCUUAAAAGUACGGUGGCCCUGAAGUGCAAACUGCAACUACAAAUCUAAAA